AUGGCUAAAAAAGAGUAUAGGAGAAAAGCCAUUCUAAAAUGGAUAAAAAAUAGUGGUCGUCUUGAAAAAAUAGUUGAAAAGUUGGAUAUGGUUGCUUGUACUUUAGGAUUUAAGAAACAGUACAGAAAAGAAGCCAUUAUAAAGUGGAAAAGAAAAAGACUUAAGAGUAUUGGCAAUAGACAAUUUUCAUCCACCAAAACAGUAGCAAGAACUUUACUUCCUCCUCCUAUGAACAUGACAAAAGGAAAACAUCUCCUACGGCAGGUUAUUUUGAGUGCUGAUAUUCUUCCUGAUGUUUUAUGUUGCUCUUAUUGUGGUGCCAUGAAAUUUUAUUCAGAAACAUCGAACUUUUGCUGUUUAGAAGGGCGAAUUGUUUUAUCAACUAAUGAACUCCCGUCUAUGAUGCAGAAUUUGUUGACUUCUACAUCUGACCUUGCAAAAUCUUUUAGGACGUAUAUUAGAACAUAUAAUAAUCAUUUUGCAUUUACUUCAUUUGGUGUUAGGGCCGACAAUGAUCUGUCAAAAAGAAAUAUGGGUAUAUAUACUUUCAGAGUACAGGGUCAGGUCUAUCAUUUUCUCAAUGAUUUACAACCUGAUGAGAAAAGUGCCAAAAAUCUUCAACUCUAUUUCCAUGACACUGAAAAUGAAAUAGAAAACCGAUUUAUGUCUUCUCCACGGUUAUCUAAAGAGUUAAUUGCAAUAUGCAUGGCCUAUCUGCAGCAAAAUCCUUAUGCACGGUUUUUCAGCAAUUUAAGAGAUGUUCCAUGUUUUGCUGAAUACAAGAUUAUUCUUAAGACUAUCCCCGGACAAGAUCAACGGGUGUAUAACAAACCGGAUGUUUCACAAGUAGCUGCUCUUUGGGUUGAAGGCGAAGACAAUGGGGAACAAGGUCAAAGGAACAUUGAAGUGAAAACACAUAGUGAUCAGUCCAGAACUGUUCAAUAUUAUUAUGGCUGCUAUGAUCCGUUACAGUAUCCUUUAAUGUUUCCGUUUCGAGAACUUGGUUGGCAUCAGCAUAUUCCGAAAAAAACUGCUUCCCAAAGGAUGAAAGGAGGAAAAGUUAUUUCUGAGGCAGAAACACUCAUCUCACCCUGGGCUGCUACAAAUGUUGAUGAACUACUGGAUAUGGAAGAGAGUGUUGACAACUACGUUAAAUUGGAGACACAAAGAUUAGCUUUCUACAGAACACAACAACAGGAGUUACGACAAGAAUUCCUUCAAGGGGUGGUGGACGCAAUGGCAAGUGGGGAAACAAAUGCUUCAUCUAUUGGGAAGAGAGUCAUUCUACCAGCAAAUUUUAUUGGUGGUCCGAGAAAUAUGAGACGUAGGUACAUUGAUGCUAUGGCGCUCGUACAAAAAUUUGGAAAGCCAGAUAUUUUCCUAACUUUGACAUGUAACCCUAAUUGGCCUGAAAUAAAACAGCACUUGAUGCCUCAUGAGGAAACACAAAAUAGGGCCGAUUUGAUUGUUAGAGUAUUCCAUGCCAAGCUUCAGCAAUUUAAAGAUGAAAUCUUCAAAAAAUAA